AUGCUAACAUAUACACAACAAAGAAAGGAUAAAGAGGCACGACUCUACUUGGAGAAGAAGACAAAGGCAUUAGAGUGGAUUAAGGAUUGCUUCGAUCGCUCUGACCAUCCUCUGACUGUCCAGCAACAGCACACUGAUGACCUCAUUGACUUGGUGUUUGAUGGCACUGUACUCUGCAGACUGAUCAACCUGUACUAUCCAAACUCAAUCAACAAGAUCUUCACUCCAAAGAGCAAUCAACAAUUUUACCAGAGAAUAGAGAACAUCAACCAAUUCAUAAAGGAAUGCCACCACCUUCGUGUUCCUGUCAUCUUUCAACCACUGGAUCUCUUUGAGACCAAGAACCCUGCCAGAGUCGUCAACACAAUUUAUUGUUUGAUACAGAUACUGGAUGAUGGAUUGGCAAAUAGACGCAUGAAGAGGAGGAAGGAGUUCACCAUUGAGGAGUUGGCCAGAGCACAUAUAGAGUUGGAAGUGGAGAAUGAUUCCACCGGUAUACAACUGUCGGAACACUUGGCUGAGAGUCUGCCAGAGAAUAUUGAAUCAAUGCCCACCAUACAACUACAGGUGUCGUCAUCCAACAGCUAUGAAAGCAAAACACUGUCCAUACAGGACUCGUAUCAUACAAGGACCACCGUCAUCAACACUCCCAAACUCAUGCGAACAUCAAUAACACCAUCAACAUACUCAACACCUGCUAUUAACAACAACAAUCAUGUCGAUAGUCUGCUGUCUAGUCCAUUAACUCCCAACUCAACAGAACAUGAAGAGAUGGCAACCACCACUGCCAUCAAGACAGCAGUUAUCUCCACAUCACCAAUCAGCAGGAAAUCAACUACACCCUAUACCUAUUCGCCUUCAAUGCAGGCUGCUGACAGAGGCAACAAUUAUCAAUGGUCAACAGACACAAAGGGAUGGAAUGCUACAACAACAACAACAACAAAGAGGCUUCAACCAUCGACAUUUAAGAUAAACGACAUUGCAAUGGAUGGUGAUAUCAUCUACCAUAACAACAACAGUGGCGACAACAACAAAAUCUCUCUAUUGUUCAUUUCUGGAAUCGUCACGUGGAUGUUCCUUUUUGUUGACAACCAUGACACUCUUGCAUCUCCGAUAGGUGUAUAA